CUCCUCCUCCUCCUCUCCUCCGAUGAGCCGGGGCUUGUACCUGCGCGCUGACCCGACCUGAGGCUCGUCUCCCGGCUGCAGCACCAUGGGGAUCUCCGCCUCCAGUCCGCUGGACGACCACAGGUCCACCUUCAUCACAGGCCAGGCUGAGGCUGAGCUGAAGGCCUUCAGUCCGUACUACAGGAAGCAGUUCUCCGUGGCUCGGUUGUCUCAGGUGGAAGACGAGCUGGAGCAGCAGAAGGCGUCGACCACUCAGCUGCUCAGACAGAGGCAGGAGAAUCCUGAGGCGGGGGAGGUUCUGUACGAGGAGGAGGUCCUUUACUUCGACGACACCAGGAAGUGGAGGGAGAGGUACGUGGUGGUGAGAGCCAACUACUGCCUGGAGUGUCACGAGAGCCUGGAGACGUUUAUCAAAGGAGUUCCUCCGCGACAAAAGCUGCUGCCAACAGGGGGCACUGUUCUGACCACAGAGGAGAAGUACAUGUCCAUGGUGGACAAGUGUUUUCCUGACAAGACCAGCGUGAACGAGGACUUUGCUCCGCCCCUGUCGGGGAUGCCGGGUCAGUUCCCGGUUUACCUGCGUCUGCCGUACAGGAGAGACUCGUACUUCUGCUUCCGACAGCAGGCGAAGCAGGAAGCCUUCCUGUCCAUCCUGUCCGACUGCAUCAGACACCAGAACCAAGACUUCCUGAAGAAGAAGACGUGUGAAGUCCAGGCCUUCCUCAAAGCCAUCCAGCUCUACAGACAGGACAAGGGACGGUACGAGGCGUGGGACAUGCUGAUAGGAAGUGAUGUCAGGGUGAUGGCGAAUGUGGUGAUGGAGCAGCUGCUCCCGUCCCUGGAGAAAGACAUGCUGCCUGGUCUCAAAGCCAAGAAGACGGAGAAGAAGAGAGUUUGGUUCGCUACGGUGGAGGCGGCCUACGUCCUGGUCCAGGAGCAUCUUCUGGAGGGACUGACGGCGCUGAAGGAGGAAUGUCGGACAUCGGUGCGGCAGCAGGAAGUUCUGAUCCACUCCGACAUGGACCAGAUCCUCAGCUCCAGACGUCAGCUGGGGGAGAAAGUCCAAGCCAAAGUGUCGGAGGCGGCGGAGAAGCUGUGCUCGGAGUCGGUGCAGCCGUACCUGGGCUCCGUCCUGGAGGAGCUGAUGGAGCCAAUCAGCUCCGGGUUCCAGGAGGGACGGCAGCUGAGCGAGAACAUGAUGGACAGCUGUCAGGACGUCCUGCUGGGAGAAGACAAAGAGGAACUGAAGAGGGUUCUCUUGGUCAUGUCGAGACCGAACCUGCUGAGCUGCUACCAGAAGAUCGGCUCCCUGCAGGAGAAGCUGCAGCACCUGCAGGACCGCUUCUCCUUCUCCAACAUCCCAGGAGUGAUCCACAGCGCCCAGAUCGACCUGCAGCUGCUGAUGGAGAACGCAGCCUACACGUUUGAGCAGCUGCUGCACAAGGCCGUGCAGGACAACCCCGACAACCCCCCCCACGCCGGCUCCGCCCUGGAGAAGUCCAAACACCGGGUUCUGAAGCAAUACGACUACGACAGCAGCUCAGUGAGGAAGAGGAUCUUCCAGGAGACGCUCGUCUCCAUCACGCUGCCCUUCAUCAAGAAGAGCCUGGCCCCCACCUGCAGGACUGAGCUUCAGGACCUGGAACAGUUCAUCGACGCCGACCACUCCAGCUUCAUCCAUGUGGAGAACGUCUAUGAGAGCAUCCUCCUCCAGACGCUGGACAAGGAGGUCACCAGAGUGGUGAAGGAGGCGGCGAGCCUGAAGAAGUACAACCUGUUCACAGAGAGCCGGGACCUGGUCAGCCGCUCCAGCCGCUCCAGCCUCUCCUCCCCCACCGUCUCCACGCCCGGCAGCCCCGCCAUGUCGCUGGCCUCCCCCGCCCGGAGCAGCUCUGAGCCCCCCCCGCCCUCUCCUCUUGCAUUCAACGGUCUGUCCUCCAUCCCCCAGAGGGACGAGAAGGAGGAGGCAGAGACAGACGCGCCGCCGAGCGCGGCCUUAACGGACGAGACACUGAUCGAGACGCCUCUGGUCCAAGUCGCUCAGAGUGUCUCUGUCAGCGAGGAGAAGGAGACACCUGAACCCGGAGCAGAGGAGGACGUCCAGACUGUGAAGGCACCAGCAGACGUCCCCGUCCAACCUGAGACGACAGCUUUAAAAGACACAAGCGCUCAGAAUGAGACACAAGACGUCCGUGUGGCAGCAGCUCCAGAGACUGUGAUCCCAGAGGAAGUGAUUUCUGUCCAGACUCAGAAAGUGGAGACGGCUGCUGAGCCCACGAGCACAGAUGUUCCAGAAGAAGCAGGAACAGCUGCAGAACGUUUAAAGACAGAUGUUGAAGAAGAAGCUGCACAAACAGAAGCUGCUGAAACAGAACCUGCCUCAGAGGGAAGUGGUUCUCCGCUGGCAGCCGCCGGGGAGGGAGACCCACAGAGCCCCAGCUCCCUGUUAGAGGCGCCCCCUGGUGGAGACACACCUGGACACGUCAUCCUGGCCAUGUUGAGAAGUGAGGCAGAACCAGUCACUUUCUCAGAAACCGACUCUCUGCAUGUGUCAGUCGGCAGCGAGUCACCGCCCUCGGAGGUGGAGUUCCCAGAGGACGUCAAAGCCACGCAGAGCAGCGGGGACGAGGGCUCAAUGACCUCCGAUGUCCUCGAGGACGACCACAGUCCCUCACCUGUGAGCUCCGGGGACGCCCCUGAGGCCACGAGCACCGGGCCCCCUCAGACCCAGACGGAGGCAACUGGUGCUCCGACCUCUGAGCCUGUCCCAGAGGAGGCCCCUGUCCCAGAGGAGGCCCCUGUCCCAGAGACGGCCCCUGUCCCGGAGGAGACUCCUGUCCCAGAGGAGGCCCCUGUCCCAGAGACGGCCCCUGUCUCAGAGAAGGUCCCUGUCUCAGAGAAGGUCCCUGUCUCAGAGACGGCCCCUGUCUCAGAGAAGGUCCCUGUCUCAGAGACGGCCCCUGUCGCAGAAGAGACUCCUGUCACAGAGCCAGUCCCUGUCCCAGAGGAGACUCCUGUCCCAGAGAAGGUCCCUGUCCCAGAGGAGGCCCCGUCCAGCCCCGGAUCUCGACCACUGGACUGCAUCAAGGACAUCCGGGACCUGGUGGUGGAGGUGAUCGACGUGGAGGAGCUGGUGCAGCUUUACCCCAGUGGGAUUCCAAAAGAAGAAUAAAAGACCUGGACCCAUCAGGUCUGCCUCAGAGGUUGUGAGAUGCUCCAGCAGCACCAAGUGUUUGAGGAUGUUCUCCUGUCCUGAAGGAACCAUCAUGACCGUGACUCUUCAGACGGACCUGAACAUCUGCUCCACAUCGAGGAACCGUCCACCUCCUCCACACACCUCAACACAAAUGAAUGAAAUUUAGUAAUUUAUAUAAAUCAUCACAUCAGGCUUCUGUUUCAUUCACUUAUUUCUUUUCAACUAUUUUAGCACAAAACAGUUUUUAGAAAACUUUAGAUUUAGACAUUUUUAUGACAGAAGAUUGUGAAUUAAAUUCUGAGUUUAUUUUAAAGGAAGGUUCAGGUUCUACUUUCUGAGAAUCUCCUGUGGAUGUGUGUGUGUGUGUGUGUGGGGGGAGAGAGAGAGACACACUGUUCACAGCUCCUCAUGUUCUCACAGACGAGGAACCCGGCUGAACAGAUCAGUUCAGAGACAGAUUAGUGUCCCACUUUGAUUUGUUACUUGUUUAAAAAUCUCUUUAUCACAUUUUAAUAUAUUUGACCUUGGGGAUCUAAAUCAACGUCCAGCUGCUCAUUGAUCUUCGUUGUGAUUUUUCUUCUUGAGCUACUGAAGGAUUUUCUUUUCUGAUCUAAAAGAAUGAAGGUCUCAAAGUGCCUCCGUGUCCUCGAUGUCCUCACGUGCCUGAACGUCAUGAAGAAGAAAAGGGGGCGUGUCCCGUGGACGUUCAGGGACGACUUGACCUUCAACUGUUCACACGGAUGUUUAAUCUGUAACAAAGUUUUUCUGUGUCAACUCUGGUUUGGAUUUUGAAGCAGCAGAAAUAAUAAAAUGUUUAAUUUGCCAAUAAAAUAAAAAAUGA